AUGCGGCCCCAUCUCCUCGUCGCCGCCGCGCCCCUCGUCGCCGCCGCCGACCAGCUCCGCGUCUACACCGACGACACGCACACCUACGCCUACUACGGCUGCUACAACGAGACGACCCUCGCCGAGGGCUCCGCCGGCACGCGCGCCCUCGCCGGCGGCUCGAGCCUCGUCCAGCCCGACAACAUGACGGUGCCUGCCUGUCUGCGCUUCUGCCACGACGGGGACACAAAGUACCGCUACGCUGGCGUCGAGUGGUCCCGGGAAUGCUGGUGCGCGCAAAACAUUGCCGGCAUUGCGCAGAAACUAGACGAUGCAGAGUGCAACUUUGCCUGCGCCGGGAACAAGACACAGGCUUGUGGCGGCCACCUCAAGCUCAACGUGUACCGUAUGUCGGGCGCGGAGCGCAGUGGUGCCGCGCUAGGCGUCGGCGCCGUGUUGGCGCUCGUGUGCGUCCAUCUCGCGGUGCUUUUUUAA